AUGUUUGGUAGAAUUUACCACCAAAAUAUGUAUAAAAAAUUAAUCACAUGGAAGAAGUUUUUGAGGGAAAGUCGUAAAUUUUAUCAAAUUUUAAACAAUCACCAGAUGCCGAGACUGCGACUCUUACCCUUGACAUUUCCAAUCGUUGCAAUUCGACCACAUGAUGAUUCCCUUGAAGUUACUUACAGCACAGCAGCUUGA